GAGGCCAUCUGGGGCGCCUUCCCGCCGGGCUGGCAUGGAGGGAGGCGAUGGCUGCGGGGAGCGUCUGUUCUCGUUGGAGCUGCUGGUGGAGUCAGCGCGAGUGCAACCGCGGCUGCUGCCGUCGCUGCUGCCGGACAGCGGGCCCUUCCUGCCGUCCGUGGCUCUCCGGCUGCUCGACUUCCCGACCCUUCUGGUCCACGCCCCGCAGGCCACGUCCUGGCCGGUGGUGCCCUUCGGGCGGGGCAAGUCGUGCCUCUUCAAGCUGCGGCCGGACGCUCUGAAGGGCCUCUUGCGGCGCUCUCCGCUCCACGCGCUGCUGCUGGCCCUGCCUCCCAACCAGGGUCCCGCCCGCCUGCUCGGCUCGUCCAGCAUCUCUCUGGCGGCCGCCGCCGAGGAGUUGUUGCCUGGCUCCGGGCCGGCGACUGGAAGGGGCCACUUCCCGGUGCGCGACCUCCUGGGAGAACCAGUGGGGGAGCUGGCGCUGAGCUACCGCCUCCACAGCCUGGGCUCCUCGCCCCUCGAUCAGUUCGAUGAAGGGGGGGCGGUGGACGAAGGCCUCGCUGGAGACGGUCCGCGGGGGAGAGCGGCGGAACGGAGGCUCAGUCUGGAGUUCAUCUCGGAAGGAGAGGAGGAGCAGGACCCUGCCCCAGACGGUGGCAGCCGGGGGUCCUUAAGCAGCCCUGAUCCAGAGCCGGAGCCCUUUUCCGAUAGCUCAAGCGGAGAAGAAAUCGCAGGAGAGCUGGACAACAAUGCCUUUUAUCCCCCACCAAUGUAUUACAGUCAUCAAACGGAAAGUUGCUUCCCCAGCCCUAAAGCAGCAACAAGAGUGAUAAUCAUGACAGCUCAAGAUUCACUUCCCAAAGAAGAAACUUCUUUACCUUUUGUUAAGGGGGAGCCUGCCGUUAGUGCUGAGAAGGCUCUGUCACCCUUACUCACCAACACACCAACACCGGGUACUUCCGAACAACUCAGGCAGACACUAUGUCAGUUGCCUCUACUGAAUGCUUUGCUGGUAGAACUCUCCUUGCUAAAUAGCCAGCCCCUACCACCAGGACCCUCUACUGUGCAUCCUCAGUUGGCAUGGCUAUAUCAAAAUGCAGAAGAAGGUACAAAAAUCUUACCCUGUAAUGGUAAGAAUCUGUGUGCCUGCUGGGAUGAUAAGAAGAACACCCCACAUCGCAAAGAAAGAGGAAGAUCACCUAGCCCUAAAUUAAAAAGAAAUCGCCCAGAUCCUUUAAAAGGCAUGUCUCUUAUCUGUCCUGGCAAAUCUUUUACAAAACCAGUAUACACUGAAAGACCUGUAAGCCCUGAAAAAGUUAAUCCGAAAGAAAAUUCUCCCAAUAGAAGGAAAUUCUCUAAUGGGCUGACGAAUACAUUAAAGCUUCGUGUUCAGCGAUCUAGUCCGGGAAUGUUGAAGGUUCAUGAAAAGAGAGAACAUCGUAGGAAAAAAAAUGGUGACAUAUCGUUUGAAAAAAAAGGUAAAAGCUCUUUGACUAAAGAAAAAAUAUUCAAGGGCUCCCUUAACUAUCAUCCAAAAUCUUUUGGACAAUAUGAUGAAAAAAGCAUCUCUGAUCAAAAUGCUCAAAUUAAUGAAAAUGUUGAGACUUUAAUACAAAGCAGUGUUGGCCGAAAUAGCUCUAUGACCACAAAGAAAAUAAGCUCUCGUAUUACCAAAAAAUUUGGGGCCAGCUGUGUGAAGAAUAAAGACAAUGCCAAAGGGAAGUACUUGUCUGAAAGUGUUGAUUUGAAGAGCUUGGAAGUCCAUCUGCCAAGAGUCUUUUUACAGGACACUGAAGCCCUUGAAAACCCAGGAGAUGCUGAGAUAGAAAAAUGUUUGCAACGUGAUUGUAACAUUCCAUAUAUAUUUAAAGAUAGACGCACCAAUAACUUGGAAAAGAGUCAUGAACGUCAGAAUUCAGAUAGUUUAGUAGUUACUUCUGAAAAUGCAGCCUAUUCAGAAGAUUUUACCAGUAUUGACAGUUGUGGUGCAAGCUUUGAAGCUCCAGAGAACAGUCCUGAACCUUUAUCUAUAAGCUCAGAUCACAGUCAGUCAGGCAUUGACUCCAGCUCUAAAAAUUCCAGAAGUCUUCCUGCUAAAUGUAUUUCACCUCUUCUUCCGAAGGUUUCAGCUAUAUCUCCUGUUCAGACUCUUAAAAAGACAUAUGACUUAAAAUCUAACAAAAACAAAUUAGGCACUGGAUUGAACAAAUUUGAUGAUGAUUGCCUUGCAAGAACUUUAAGAGACCAACUUGUAAUUCAAGAAAAGCAAAAGCAAAAAGUUACACAGAUUUUUGAGGACAAACAAAUACAGCCUGAUAAAAAGUGUAACAUAGUAAAAAGCCAGUCAUCUGUAGAAAACAGCCAUUCUGCAAGGACAUCUCAAGUUAGCUCUUACUUGCCCUCUAGUAUAUCUGACCUUGAAUUUAGUGGUCUAGAAGAAAGCAAAACACCUGGCAAUGAAAAAGAGGAUAGCUUCGGAAAGAUGAAUAAUACAAAUCAGUGUAAACAUAUCAGUGAAUUACUAAUAAACAAGCUUCCAGGAUACACAAUGUAGCAAUCAAUAGUAAUGGUAAAAUCGAAGAGAAAAUAAUGUUUUAUAAGAAAAGAUUUAAAGGAAUUUUGACUUUUUUAAAACAAGUAUAGGUUUUUUUAGGAUGCACAGAUAUUUUUUCAGAUUAAUGCACAACUCAGACUUUUCAGCUCUGUGCUGGUUAUUUUUGGUUGGUUAUUUUUUUUCCUUAGUUUUAGCUGUCUCCAGAUCUUCCACAUUCUGUGAUUUAGCUGCCCCUGAAAUUCAAGGGCAGUUUUCAUAUGAUGUAAAGGUCUCCUGUUCAUAUAAAAUCUAUUCUCAUUGAGCAUAGGAAAUGAUCUAGCGUGCGUAAAGUAAUUGUCCAAUUUGUAAUUUGUCUCUUAAUUAUUGUUUCAAACUAAUAAUAAAACAAAAAAUAACUAAUGGUCACUAGAAAACAAGUAAACUAUAAUUGAUUAUAGACUACUUAAGACAAUAAUUCUUAAGCAAACCAGGGUUUUUAUGUAGUUUGGAAUUUAAGAGAGUUAUAGCUAUCAGCAAAGGAAAAAUUGUUCAGUAAAAUACAUACUUUAAAAAAACAAGGUUUCCACAAAAAAAGCAAAUUUCCAGAACAUGAUUUGAAAAAUACUAGUUACUUCAAAUGCAAUGCCCAGUUAUAUGUUAAUCUUAACAGAGUUAUUUUUCCUAUAAUAUUAUUCUGAUCUGUGGUAAUAACAUUAAUUUUAAGUUUAGCUUCAUAAUUUUUAAAUUUUAGAUCCAAACCUAAUGCUUCCUGGGUUUUUUAGCACUUUGUCAUAAUUGUUGUGUCUUCAGUUUGCACUAUUUUCAGGUAAUUGCACCUAUUGUUAAUUUGUAUAACAUGUUUUGUAUAACAUGAUUGAAUCCUAUCUAUGAAAUGGUAUGUCUGCAGAAAAUUAAAAAAAAAAUUAUGAACACAGUCAUGCAUUCUCAAAAUAUACAUUAGUAAUAUUUAGCACUUAAGAAAUAUUUUUUAGAAGUAGAGAAAAAUGAUACAUUAACCUUAGCAUAUAUUCAGUAGCUUCAAGGAAAAGUCAAUCAUUUUUCUUUUUUAUAGCAGGUGUAAAAAUGGCAUAGCAUAAAGGGAAGCCAAUAUAGACAUGAAUUUUUGUCUGGUGCUAGUGAUUAAAGAUGCAGGUUAAAGUUCCCAACUAAAUUGAAUCAACUUCCAGAAAACAUGGGAUUAAUACAUUAAUACUCUUGAUACAUUAACCUUGUUGUGCCCUGUAUGCAGAUAAGUGCAUAUCCAAGUAUAAAGCAACCAAAUGAAGUGUUUACUAAUUAUAUUAGUAGGUAAAGGGGAUCUUUCAAUACCAGUACUGUACAGAAUGCUGGUGUUCUUAUACAGAAGUAAAAUAUGAAUUCAUGCUAGGAACAUUGCUCAGUUUUGGCUUUUUGGCCAGAUACAUUUUUGAUAUUAAAAAAAGAGAGCGAUAAACUUUCAAAAUAUGUCUUUCUAAACAAUUUAGAAAAAUUAGCUAGUUCACAACUUAUAGUACUUAGGUAGUAAAAGGAUAAUAAUAUGAAUGUAUUGUUUAUAAUUCAUGCAAAAAAAUUGUUCUCGUUUCUUUUGAAGAAUUUGCUAGGUAUACUGGUCCUAAAAAGUAGUGAUCAAAUCUUUGGUAAGAGCAAAUCACUCUUGCCUGUUAUCUUAGCAGGUUAAAGAUAAUGAAUCACCAGAAAGUGUUUUUCGCUUGCAUGAUGCCAUAGACUUCCCUUAGCCAUCUUGGAUAGCAAAUAUAAAAGGAUAUCAGUGGCUGAAAAACUCCGUCCUUGUGAUUAUGGAGAGGUGAAAACCUCUGGACAUAUCCUUCUUCACUGCUCUUUUUAUACAGACGUUGGAGCAAAAUUUAUUUUCUAGAUAAUAAGUAACCUGACUGUUCCAACACCAAUUACCUUCAGUUUAAAGACCAACAGAUUGUAGACAUUAGGUAGGUAGGUAGGUUCUGCGCAGCAGCACUAAACUUGGCUGGAACCUGAUGAAUAAUCCAUUAUAACAUUCAAUUAAUACACCAUUUUUAUAUUAUCCUGUUUAGUACCUAAUAACUAUAGGCCUUUACAAUUUAAGAACUAAUAUUACAGUAUGCCUUUGUCUGUGUGUAACUGAUAGGCUGCCAAAUUAUGAUUUCAACAUAGAUUUUAUUUGUUGUUAUUUUAUUCCAGAAUUUUUAAGUAGAUACUCUGAGCAUUUUUAAUUGUAUUGGUAUUUGAAUGGUAAGAACAAGAAUUGUACAGUAACAGCUUGUUAUCUCUCACACCUUUCCAAUUAUUGUUCUGCUAUUGUUAUUUAAAUCAAAAGACAAAAUCAUAUGAAUAUGCUACACUUUAUACCUAAGUUACUAAGAUGGAGUCAGUAUGGAAUAUAACAUUGGAUUCCCAUUUUGAUUUCCAACAUUUCGGCGUUGUGUCUAUUGCAGGAUGGCAGAAUUGGCAUUUGUCCCGAAGUUAUUUAUGUUGUGCCAAGGGAAAAAUUGCAUGUCAGAAUUCACUUGCAUUGAAACAAUGAACUAAUGUUGGCUUUAGCUGCCGAUUUCCAGAUUAUGAUAGAAACCAAGCCAGAGGACCAGUAGUUGCUUCCUUGUAUUAAAAUGUUGUGAGAUGGCAUUUUUGUUUAGACCUUUUUAAGUAGAUAUAAGUAGGAACGCUUCGUAUGAGCAUUCAUACGAAGUGUCAGUUUUCACUAUAGAAGGAAUCUAAAUUAAACUUCCCUAUUUAUGUUUGGCCUUUUGCAUAAAAUCUGGUGAUAGAACAGUUUGGUUUUAUCUUAUGGUAUUAUAUAAUAUAUUCCUCCACUCCAGUCCAUUUCCAUGAUGAACGUUUUUUUGAUUAAGAAAGUUUAUAUUUCUUGUGAUUUUUG